CCAAAGUUCGGUACAGCAACUAAAAACAAUUCUCAAACAUGUCUCGUUUCUUCCAAGUCUUGCUCGUCGCCUGUUUGGCUUACGCACUCUGCGCUGCGGAAGCUCCACGUUAUCGGGUUCGCAAUGGACGCAUGCAACUCUCCAAACAACGUAGCCGUUUCUUGGCGCGUCAGGAAGUCGCUGAGGAAACAGCAGUGACACCAUACCCCUCCGCUAAGGAACUGAUUCCAGAGAUUCCAUUUGAUGAAGCCGCCGCCGCUGCUGCACCUGAAGUUCCCGUUGAACCCGAAGCACCAGCUGCACCCGAAGGCGACAUUAAUGUCUCUGUGAAUGUUGAUCUACCAGCCGCGCAGGAACCAGCUCAAGAAGAAGCUGAUGAAUCCGCUUUUGCCGAUGAUGCUGAGGAUGAACACGAACCCGAUCUCAUUUAUGGCCCACCAGAGACGGAGGAUGUACCAGUUGUCAAUGAAAUCACCCCCGUUGAUGAAAUCGAAGCCACCAUCGCUGAGGAAGAGGAAGCGCAAGCAGCAAGAGGAGAUAUUUUCUUCAAUUCAGAUUUCAUGGUAUCAGUACUUGGUAUUACUUACCUAGUAAAGUACAUACUACUAAAUAUUUUAGAAAUGACUCGUUUCCUACAAAUCCUGUUAGUGGCCUCCCUGGCUUUUGCACUCUGCGCUGCCGAAGCUCCACGUUAUCGUGUUCGCAAUGGACGCCUGCAACUCUCCAAGCAACGUAGUCGUUUCUUGGCGCGUCAAGAAGUCGCUGAGGAAGCAGCAGUGACACCUUACCCCUCCGCUAAGGAACUGAUUCCAGAGAUUCCAUUUGAUGAAGCCGCCGCCGCUGCUGCACCUGAAGUUCCCGUUGAACCCGAAGCACCAGCUGCACCCGAAGGCGACAUUAAUGUCUCAGUGAAUGUUGAUCUCCCAGCGGAACAGGAACCAGCUCAAGAAGAAACUGAUGAAUCCGCUUUCGCCGAUGAUGCUGAGGAUGAACACGAACCAGAUCUCAUCUAUGGCCCACCAGAAGCGGAGGAUGUACCAGUUGUCAAUGAAAUCACCCCCGUUGAUGAAAUCGAAGCCACCAUCGCUGAGCAAGAGGAAGCGCAAGCAGCUGCUGAGGAGGCUAUCCAAUCUGAACGUUUGACAUUCGGUCGUCGCCUCAACGCACGCAAAUCCGCUCGUCCCGCUAAAUUGCGCGCAGCCGCUCGUGCUCGUGUCAACUCCGUUAAAUCUGCCAGAAUUGUAAAGGCUAAGGUUGCAACAAAAGCACGCUCAGCUCGUCUGCAACAAUUGCCACAACAACAACAGUUCUUUGUUCCUAAACAACUUGCAGCUCAACAACAACGUCCCAUUUUCUACUACACCGCUGGUCAAUUGCAACAGUGGUAA